CACUUGGCGUGUCCUUAGUCUUCGAUGAUAAACCGGGAAAAACAGAAUAAAACAAUGACUUUGAAACUUAGUUUGUAAUUUGGACAGUAUUAUAGCACAAGGACAUCAAUAUUAAUAACGCGUAAUUAGAUCUACUUCAUGUGACCCUCAAUAAUUGGAUCUUGUUUUUGUUUUUUAGCCCAGAAUGAAUUGGGUGCUCUGAAGACAUGGACUGGGAUCAGUUGGAUUUAAGCCCUCGGAUCUCGGCAGCGGUUACUAAAGAGCUACAAAAGUUGACACAACUUUCCGUUGCGGAUGUCCGUCUCUUACAGAAGACUGUAGCCAAUGCUCUGCGGAAAAAUGAAAUGGUCACUGCUUUUCAGAUGUUCAGUGAAAAGACUCAGUUCCCAUCCCAGCACCAAAAGCUUAGCCUUGGAUGUAAAAUUCUGGACAACCUAUUAAGGGGUGGGAUUCCUUUGGUUGGCAUCACAGAGAUUGCUGGCGAGAGUUCAGCUGGUAAAACUCAAAUUGCUUUACAACUGUGCCUGUCUGUUCAGUACCCUGCGGAGUAUGGGGGGCUAGGGGCAGGUGCUGUUUACAUUUGCACAGAAGAUGCCUUUCCAAGUAAGCGACUGCACCAGCUGAUUAAAUGUCAGCAAAAGCUGAGGUCCAGUGUACCCCCUGAUAUCAUCAAGAAAAUCCAAUUCGGAGAUGGUAUUUUUAUCGAACAUGCUGCUGACAUUGAGAUGCUUACUGAUUGCAUCACCAAAAAGGUUCCCAUUCUGCUCCUUCGUGGGGCAGUCCGCUUAAUCGUAAUAGACUCCAUCGCUGCGUUAUUUCGCUGUGAAUUCGCGGCCAGGGAUGCGGUCCUGAAAGCAAAACAUGUGCAAACGCUGGGAGCCAAACUGCAUGAAUUAAGCAGCAGAUUUAGAACUCCUGUACUCUGCAUUAAUCAGAUUACAGAUACAGUUGGGGACUCCGUCCAGGACAAUCUGGGAUUAAAGGACAGAAAAGGGUCUCCAGCUCUGGGCAUCUCGUGGUCAAACCAGCUUCUGGUGAGAAUGAUUGUAACACGCACUCCAUAUGCAGCACCCCAAGAAUGUCCUGGGUGUAUCUUGCGAACCAUGGAAGUAGUUUUUGCUCCGCACAUUCCUCAGUCAUCAUGUUACUAUACAGUAGAUGUGGACGGUGUCAAAGGAAUUGACCAGCCAUUAUCUCAGUGAUCAGAAUUAAUUUGGUAAACCGACUAACGAAGAAACAAAAUAGUGCACUUAACCCUCCAAUUCAUUGUUUUGUCUGUGCUUAGCAUUUCAGCUGAGUUUCUCCUUGUGCACUACCUUCCUUAUUAUCUUUACCAUGUCUUUCCUUUUUGUCUACUUCCCUCUUCUGGGCAUUUAAUCUUCCUCACAGCUGUAACACCCUUUGUUCAAAUAUUGAUGAUUGCAAGAUCACAUACCCCUGUAUAUGGGGUAUACUGUAAAUAUAACUUUUGCUUUAAUGCCAAGAACACCUCUUACUAUUCUCUGUGCACACCUGGUCCUGCUGUUGUAUAUGUGUCUAACAAAACGUCUCUGAUAAAGUAGGAUUCACCUUGCUUUCAUUGUACUUUUUAUCUAGGUCUCUUUAUUGAAACAAACAUUGUGUACAAAUAAAAAUACUUCAUGCCGGGCUCUUCAUUUUGUGGUG